UUUGAUUUUAAAUUAUAAAAACAAAACCAUUGACGGGUAAAGCAAACAGAAAGUAGACCAUGGCAGCCACUGACAAGGUAUUGGGAGCAGCCAAACAGUUUAUUUCCUUUGUUAACAAGUGUCCAUCACCAUUUCAUGUUGUUGAUGAGACGAAGAAACUUUUGGUAGCUGCUGGUUACAAGGAACUGAGAGAAACAGAGCCAUGGGCAAUACAACCUCUACAUAAGUAUUUCCUGACCAGAAAUCAAUCCACCAUAAUUGCCUUUGCUGUUGGAGGAAAUUUCAAACCAGGAAAUGGGUUUAGUAUUGUUGGGGCUCAUACAGAUAGUCCUUGUCUAAAGGUAAAACCUAAAUCUAAGACCAACAAAUCUGGUUAUGCUAUGGUCGGUGUGGAAUGUUAUGGAGGUGGUAUUUGGCAUACAUGGUUUGACAGAGACCUGACUGUUGGAGGUAGAGUUCUAGUUAAGAACAAUGGGAGUAUAGAGCAUCAUUUGGUUCAUAUACAGAAACCUAUACUUAGAGUACCACAUAUAGCUAUUCAUUUGAUGAGAGACCAUAAUGAAAAGUUUGGACCAAACAAAGAGUCACAAGUAUGUCCAGUACUGGCUACAACUGUACAGUUAGAGUUACAAGGUAACAAACAGGAAGAUGACAAGAAACCUGAAGGGCAGGAAAAACAGUGUGAUAAACACCAGCCUGCCUUAGUAAAGCUUAUAUGUGAUGAACUGAAAAUUUCCCCUGACCAGAUGAUGGACUUUGAACUUUGUGUAGCAGAUACUCAACCAGCUGCUAUAGGUGGUGCAUUGGAUGAAUUUAUAUUUGCUCCAAGACUUGACAAUCUUCUUAAUGCCUACACAGCAGUAGAGGCAUUGAUAGAAACUGAUGGUAGUUUAAAGUCAGAUCCUAACAUCAGACUGAUAUGUUUGUUUGAUAAUGAAGAGGUUGGAUCCCAGAGUGCCCAAGGUGCAGCAUCAACUUUACAGGAACUUGUAUUACGUCGUCUGAGCAGUGGUGGCAGUCAGACAGCUUUUGAAGAAGCCAUUCCUAAGUCCUAUAUGAUUAGUGCCGAUCAGGCUCAUGCUGUUCACCCUAAUUACUCAGACAAACACGAAACUAAUCACCAAGCAGCUCUUCACAAGGGAAUAGUAUUAAAAUUUAAUUCCAACCAGAGGUAUGCUACAACAGCUAUAACUACUACUAUACUUAGAGAGAUUGCAUUGAAAUCUGGCUGUCCAUUACAGGAUUUUGUUGUAAGAAAUGACUCACCAUGUGGAUCUACAAUUGGACCUAUCAUGUCAGCUAAACUAGGAAUACCAACAAUAGACAUUGGUGCCCCACAACUAAGUAUGCACUCUAUAAGAGAGAUGUGUUGUACUUCAAGUGUAUCUCAGGCUAUUUGUUUAUAUAAGGGAUUCUUUGAGAAAUAUCCAGAAGUCUUUUCUUCAUUGAAGUUUUAGAAGAUCAUCAAGUGGACAAUACUCAUGGAUUGAAAUCCUGAUAAUAUAGAGUAACCAGAUCGAAGGACAUAUGUUAUAGUGUGUUGAUAAUAAUUUAUUUUCAAAUUCAAAAUAAAAGUAUUAUAUCAUG